GACAGGUGUUUGGCAGGAACCAAUGGGAUGCUUGGGGCAGGUGUUCCUGUAGAUACAGGAAUGCCCACAUGUAGGAACACCCCUAAAUUGCAGACUGCAGUUGCACACUAAUUGUACUGGCUCGGUGAGAGGUUUGCGCUGCUCGAAUAUAAAAUGAAGUAUACAUUUUUUAAGAUGUAUAUUUCGCGCACAAUAUGUGCCAAUAACGUUAUAUUAGUUUGAGUAUAAGUACCCGGGACUAUUUCACGUUCACGCAAGCCUACAUCUGAAAGAGACAUGAUGAGAGACCUUGCAUGAAAUUAGAGGAUCUGCUUGAAUAAAGGAACUGUACUAUCUGAGAAUGCAGAGGACGAGAGAGAAGACUGACAAGAUGGAGGAGAGCAAAGCCAUGAGGAAGCUGCGGGUGUGCGUGGCAACGUGUAACCGGGCAGACUACUCCAAGCUGGCACCCAUCAUGUUUGGCAUCAAGGCCAACCCGGAUGAGUUUGAGCUGGAGGUGGUGGUGCUGGGUUCCCAUCUCAUUGACGAUUAUGGCAACACGUUCCGGAUGAUCGAGCAGGAUGACUUUGACAUCGGCUCCAAGCUGCACACCAUCGUGCGUGGGGAGGACGAGGCCGCCAUGGUGGAGUCAGUGGGUCUGGCGCUGGUCAAGCUGCCAGAUGUCCUCCACCGUCUCCGUCCCGACGUUCUGGUCGUCCACGGCGACCGCUUCGACGCCCUCGCCCUGGCAACUGCUGCCGCUCUGAUGAACAUUCGCAUCCUGCACCUGGAGGGAGGGGAGGUGAGUGGCACCAUCGACGACUCGAUCCGUCACUCCAUCUCCAAGCUGGCCCACUACCACGCCUGCUGCACCCGCACCGCCGAACAGCACCUCAUCGCCAUGUGUGAGGACCACACUCGCAUCCUGUUGGCGGGCUGCCCCUCCUACGACAAGCUGCUGGCCGCCCAUCACCGCGACGACUACAUGGACAUCAUCAGGAACUGGCUCGGAGACAAUGUGAAGGAGCACGACUACAUCGUGGCCCUGCAGCACCCGGUCACCACUGACAUCAAGAACUCCAUCAAGAUCUACGAGCUGAUGUUGGACGCCCUCAUCUCCUUCAACAAGCGAACGCUCGUCCUCUUCCCCAACAUAGACGCAGGAAGUAAGGAGAUGGUGCGUGUGAUGAGGAAGAAGGGCGUGGAGCAGCACCCUAACUUCCGGGCGGUGAAGCACGUGCCCUUCGAGCAGUUCAUCCAGCUGGUGUGUCACGCUGGGGCCAUGAUCGGCAACAGCAGCUGUGGUGUCAGAGAGGCCGGGGCCUUCGGGACCCCCGUCAUCAACCUGGGGUCCAGGCAGACUGGGAGAGAGACUGGUGAAAACGUCCUCCAUGUCCGAGACGCAGACACUCAGAAUAAGAUCUACCAUGCCCUGGAGCUGCAGUUCGGGAAGAGAUACCCCUGCUCAAAGAUCUACGGCGACGGGAAUGCGGUGCCUCGCAUCAUGAAGUUCCUGCAGGCCAUCGACCUUGAUGAGCCGCUGCAAAAGACCUUCUGCUUCCCCCCCAUCAGGGAGUGGGACAUCUCCCAGGACAUUGACCACAUCCUGGAGACUCAGAGCGCCCUAGCCAUCGACCUGGGGGGGACCAACCUCCGCGUGGCCAUCGUCAGCAUGAGGGGUAAGAUAGUGAAGAAGUACUCUCAUGCGAACCCCAAAACCUACGAGGCUAGGAUCGAGCUGAUACUGAAGAUGUGUGCGGAGGCAGUCUUUGACGCUGUUCAUCUCAACUGCCGGAUUCUGGGAGUGGGUGUGUCGACUGGGGGCAGGGUGAACCCACAGGAGGGUGUGAUCCUCCACUCCACCAAGCUGAUCCAGGAGUGGAGCUCCAUCGACAUCCGCACCCCCAUCUCUGACGCCCUCCACCUGCCCGUCUGGGUCGACAACGACGGAAACUGUGCCGCCCUGGCAGAGAAGAAGUUUGGCCACGGCAAAGGAGUGGAGAACUUUGUCACCAUCAUCACUGGAACAGGCAUCGGCGGGGGCAUCAUCCAGCACAACGAGCUGAUCCACGGCAGUACGUUCUGCGCGGCCGAGCUGGGCCACAUCAUGGUGUCUCUGGACGGGCCGGAGUGUAUGUGCGGCAGCCGUGGCUGCAUCGAGGCCUACGCAUCAGGCAUGGCCCUGCAGAAAGAAGCCAAGAGGCUUCAUGACGAGGAACUGCUGGAGGUGGAGGGGAUGGUGGAUCUGAAGAAGGCCGAGUUCGUCAGCGCCAUCCACCUCAUCAACGCAGCCCGCCUGGGCAACAGCAAGGCUGGAGCCGUUCUCAGAACAGCCAGCAUGGCCCUCGGAGUGGGCAUCGUCAACAUCCUCCACGUGGUCAACCCCUCUCUGGUCAUCCUGUCGGGAGUGCUGGCCGCCCACUACCAGGCACCUGUCCAGCAGGUCAUAGGUCAGAGAGCCCUCACCUCCGCCCAGCGCAUCCAGGUCCUGAUAUCCGACCUCGAAGAACCCGCCCUACUGGGGGCCGCUAGCAUGGUGCUGGACUACACAACCAGGCGCAUCUAUUAAGAACAUUACGGUAAUGGACUACACAUCCAGGUGCAUCCAUUAAAAACAUUAUGGUAAUGGAUUACACAACAGGUGCAUCUAUUAAGAACAUUACAGUAAUGGACUACACAACGGGUGCAUCUAUUAAGAACUAUUGGUCAGUUGUCAAGCUCUAGUUUUCAUUUGUGGUCCCCAACGGAGGAGGGACAUAUCUUGCAAUUCCCUGGUGUAGAAAGAUUUGCUAUUAGCAAAUAGAAAUGGCUAAGAUAGAAGGUAGCAUCUACAGAUAGAUCUGCUCAAUAGGGCCUACAUUUAUGCUGCUGUCCCAGAUGGGACAAUCUGACAUGCACAUGCUCUUCCAGCUAUCGACACCUUCGAUUGGACGAACCGUUGACGGUCAUUUAUUUCAGUUAGACGAUGACAAGUUGGGUAUUUUCCUAAGGUGUCUUCAGUGAUAGUCUAAUUUUCAAUGUCAACAUAAUACCAUUUCUACAGGGGAUACAGUACUUAAAUGGUAGUACUAUAAACAACAGUGCUGAAAUAGUAGUACUAUUAACUACCUUACUGAAUUAGUAGUGUGUGUGGAUACAUAUAUAACAGCCUAUACAGUAAUAUGAGUACAGCCACAGUAUGAGUAAAUGGUUGGGUGUGUCCAGACAAAAUAUGUGACCAAAUUCAUAUUCAUUUAUGCUUUACUGGCCAUCUUUUGACCCUCAUAAUUCCAUGUUUUUGUUACGUCUUAAUUCUAAACGUACAAUAUGUUAUUGUUGAAGCCACGCUAUGAAAGCAGCAUGUUGCUAUGACAUAUUUAACUGUAUGUAUUUGUCAUACCGAGCUGUAAGCACUUUGCGCCACUUUAUCUGAUUUUGUCUCCAUUUUGCAAUCGGCAAACGUUACUGCUGGUUUGGAAAACCAAAUGCCCCCAGGAGAUGUUUUAGGUUCCGCCACGUUAAAUGUUUAAUUUCAAUCAAUCAAUCAAUCAAAUUAUUCAUUACCAUUCAAUCAUUUAAGUUGAGCAUGUGGAACUGGAACCACUCUCUAUAGGACCACUCUCUCUCUAUAGGACCACUCUCUCUCUAUAGGACCACUCUCUCUCUAUAGGACCACUCUCUCUCUCUAGUAUAGGACCACUCUCUCUCUCUAGUAUAGGACCACUCUCUCUCUCUAGGACCACUCUCUCUCUCUAGGACCACUCUCUCUCUCUAGGACCACUCUCUCUCUCUAGGACCUCUCUCUCUAGGACCUCUCUCUCUAGGACCUCUCUCUCUAGGACCACUCUCUCUCUCUAGGACCACUCUCUCUCUGGGACCACUCUCUCUCUGGGACCACUCUCUCUCUCUGGGACCACUCUCUCUCUCUGGGACCACUCUCUCUGGGACCACUCUCUCUCUCUCUCUCUGGGACCUCUCUCUCUCUCUCUCUCUCUGGGACCUCUCUCUCUCUCUCUCUCUCUCUCUCUCUCUCUCUCUCUAGGACCUCUCUCUCUCUCUCUCUCUCUCUCUCUCUCUAGGACCUCUCUCUCUCUCUCUCUAGGACAUCUCUCUCUCUCUCUCUCUAGGACCUCUCUCUCUAGGACCUCUCUCUCUCUCUCUCUCUCUCUCUAGGACCCUCUCUCUCUCUCUAGGACCCCUCUCUCUCUCUCUAGGACCCCUCUCUCUCUCUCUAUACCACUCUCUCUCUCUAGGACCACACUCUCUCUCUCUCUAUACCACUCUCUCUCUCUAGGACCACACUCUCUCUCUCUAGGACCACUCUCUCUCUCUCCACUCUCUCUCUCUAUAGACCACUCUCUCUCUCUAUAGACCACUCUCUCUCUCUAUAGGACCACUCUCUCUCUCUAUAGGACCACUCUCUCUCUCUAUAGGACCACUCUCUCUCUCUAUAGGACCACUCUCUCUCUCUAUAGGACCACUCUCUCUCUCUAUAGACCACUCUCUCUCUCUAUAGACCACUCUCUCUCUCUAUAGACCACUCUCUCUCUCUAUAGACCACUCUCUCUCUCUAUAGGACCACUCUCUCUCUCUCUAGGACCACUCUCUCUCUAGGACCACAGUUACGACGUACCCUCAAAUGUAAUGCCUAUGCUAUGUAUGUCAUAGUUGUCUUGACUGUGUGCUUCAAUUGAAGGUGUGCUGCCAAAUCACUUGUAUUCACUAUCAUUCUUUGUUUUGUUUUAUGUGCACUUUUUUGUUGUUGCCUUGAUCUGUCAUAUUUGAAGAGUUUACUGUGUACAAAUCAGUCAUGUGAUUAUCCUGUUUGUGUAUUUCUGUUUUUGAUCAUGUCAUGGAUCCUGAAGCUUUUUUAUUUUACUUCACUUGGGUACUUUGACCCCCCUCUCAAUGCAAUGGGUAUUCUACACAUUAAACACACGCAAGAACAUGUCCGUUACGGAUGGGUGGAUGGAUUCAUAUGGUUCAUUAGAUGCUAUUCAUGGUUUUAGGUGUGGCAGAACAAGGCUACAUCGUAAACACACCACAGGGCAUGGCGGAGUGCCAGUCUGUUUGUGCUAUCGUAGGGUUGAACUUUAAUGUCCCUGAGGGAAAAUUGGCUUAAAUCCAGUACUGCUGUAUACAAAUAAACACUGAAUAUGAAAUAUUUUAACAUAAUACAACGCACUUUCCCAUGUCAUACACACCUUGUCACUCAUUGUCAUCACAAUCAGUGACGUUUUAGUGUAUUAUCGGCCACUAAUCCCUGGAAUCGAAUCCACUAUCCUGGUGAUACAAGCUCCAGGUUUUACCAUCCAACUGAGCUGCAGAGAAACUCGGGGCAUAGUGAUUACAAUCAGGUGGUGGUGCGAUUGAGACGCCGCAAACCAGAAUGGCUGAUUUCUUCCCAUGCCCUUCAUCUCCAGUUGGCAAGCAUGAUCCGCCUCCAGCUGUUUGGUCACAGUAGUAGUGUGAUUUUAUAGAAUCGCAUCCGGUUCACAAAACAGUUGCACACUUUUACUGUACAGAAAUGGCCAGGUAUCUACUUGGUAAAGGAGAGAAAAAACAUAUUUACAAUAUAUAAGUAUGGUUUCAAAUGUGACAAUACAAAGUAGUCCUGUGGCAAUACCCCUGUUCUUUUGUCUGUUUUGACCAUGUCAUAGAUGUACACUAGAGUCUAUACUGUACAAAAAUAUGAACGCAACAUGUAAAGUGUUGGUCCCAUGAAACAUGAGCUGAAAUAAAAGAUCCCAGAUAUUUUCCA